AUGGAGAUGACAAUAUCACAGUUGUGCUCUGGGACUAAAUUCUCAAUCUCUUCAUCACCAUCACUGUUAUGUAUUAAUGGAAACAGUAAGAGUAGAGCUGUUUCAGUGAAGUACUUGAAAGAGACAGAGCAGUUGAGUAAUAGUAUUAGCUUCACUGCGAAGAAACAGACAAGUCACGCGCCGGUGGUGAGAACAAGACGCGCCUCCUUGAAUGAAGAUCAAUCCCCAACUUCCGGUGCCGGAGGAGAGCGGUGGCUUCUCCAACCCGUUGGCGAUGGAGAUACAAGACACAUUGGUUACAAAGUAGAAAUGCCUAAACCUUUUGAGAUCUCUUCGGGCCAAGUUACCAUCGGACGGCUACCGGAAAAGGCUGACGUAGUGAUUCCUGUGGCCACUGUGUCGGGAGUCCAUGCGACAAUCAAUACAAAAGGAGACAACCUUCUUGUAACAGAUAUGAACAGCACCAAUGGUACAUUCAUCGAAGAUAAGCGUCUAAUUCCUGGUGUCGCUGCUCCUGCCUUUCCUGGUACCCGAAUCACCUUUGGAGAUACAAAUCUUGCAAUUUUCCGUGUUUUCAAGCUCCAAGAUAGCCAAGAAUCAACAGAGAAACCGGCCGCAAAGUAA